AAAACAGCAAGGCAAUCAAAUCAACAAGGCACUGUUCUUGUACUUGUAAAUUUCUUGCAAUAUUGCAUUUAUAUUUUAGGUGUAAGGUGUAACAGCCACUAUGGCAGAGAGAAUUCUCAAAUAUCUCUCGGAAAAUGACGAAGUCAACUCCCUCAAGUUGGCAGAAAUAUUUAACGAGGACCAUCAAAAAGUUGUCGGUGCUCUAAAGAGUAUACAAGCAAAUGGGGACCUUGUCAUUGCUGAACCUGUUAGCGAGAAGAAUAUUGAGCUAACUGAGGAGGGAAAGCUGGUUGCUGAGAAUGGUAGCCACGAAGCAAAUCUCUACAACUUGGUUCCAGAAGAGGGCACACCUCAAGCCGACUUAAUGAAACUACCAAAUGCCAAAGUUGGUUUCAGCAAAGCCAUGUCCAAUGGCUGGGUUUUAGUGGACAAAUCCGCAAAUCCACCUUUGGUAAAAAGAAAAGUGCCUCAAAUCGAAGACUUGGUUCAGGAGCAGCUUAAACUGGUUGCUUCAGGCGAUCAUUCCAAACUAACUGACAAAGAAAAAGCUGAUUAUAAAAAGCGAAAACUAAUACAAGAAAUAGUCGUGAAAAGUUUCCUUUUGAAAAAGGGGCCUGAAUUCAGUUUAAGCUUACAAAAACUGGAAACCGACUUAACUUCUGAUAUGUUAACUAGCGGCAGCUGGAAAAAUUUAAAAUUCAAAGAAUACAAUUUUGACGCACUAGGGGCUCCUCCAUCUUCAGGAUUCCUGCACCCGCUCCUUAAAGUCAGAGCAGAAUUCAGGCAAAUUUUCCUUGAAAUGGGCUUCAAGGAAAUGGACACGACCAAUUAUGUAGAAAGCUCUUUCUGGAAUUUCGAUGCCCUCUUCCAGCCACAGCAACACCCUGCUAGGGACGCUCACGACACUUUUUUCGUUUCUGAUCCUCAGCGUAGUGACUACUUUCCUGAAUUUUACCUACAGAAGGUGAAAACUGUUCAUAGUAAGGGUGGAUAUGGAUCGCAAGGUUAUGGGUAUAAUUGGAAAUUAGAGGAAGCCCAAAAAAAUUUACUGAGAACCCAUACUACGGCUGUCAGUGCGAGAGUACUGUAUAAAUAUGCACAAAUGCCACGACUGAUCCGGAAGAAAAACUUUGUGCCUUUAAAAUUGUUCAGCAUAGAUAAGGUUUUCAGAAACGAAACUUUAGAUGCCACGCAUUUGGCUGAAUUUCAUCAAGUUGAAGGCGUUAUAGCAGAUUAUAACUUAACUUUGGGGGAUUUGAUUGGGGUUUUUGCUGCAUUUUUCGAGAAAAUAGGUAUAACUCAGCUUCAAUUCAAACCUGCCUACAACCCAUACACCGAACCUAGCAUGGAAAUCUUCUGCUUUCAUCCCGGCUUAGACAAAUGGAUUGAAAUUGGCAACUCGGGCAUUUUCAGACCAGAAAUGUUGUUACCAAUGGGCUUACCCGAAGGCGUUGUUGUUAUUGCUUGGGGUCUUUCUUUGGAAAGACCUACUAUGAUUAAAUAUGGUUUUAAUAAUAUUAGGGAUUUGGUUGGACCGAAAGUUGAUUUGGAAAUGGUCCAGAAAAGUCCAAUAUGUAGACUUGAUAAGAUCAAAUAAAUAUUAUAUUAUUUAUCACCUUAA